ACAUCCUGUCAGCUGUCGCUUCCGGAUGCGGUGAAACAGCAAAGAAGUAGGAAAACACCGUACGUACAUGGAUUAAUUUAAAUGUCACGGCAGCAUCCAUAAAGUCAGAGGAGACACCGUAUCAACGCAGAAUGGACUCUUCGGGAGAAAUACUCACGUUAAGGACUGAGCUUUAACGAUGUUUUAAUCGCAGUUUGAUGAAUUUGUUUUCUCGGAGUAGCCGUAUUUAUGUCUUCUGGCUAGCUUAAGCCAGAGUAGCAUUAGCCGGGACACGCAGACAAAUAGCUGCUCUGCCUCUCUGUUAAAUACAACUCCUCGGUGCUCUUAUUCUUCAUUUGACAGUCAUUUCUGCGGAAGGAAGCUGUUUUUCGCAUGUUGUGUUGGAACUGAAAUUCUUCGACAGUUUGUUUUGGACUCUUUAAGGUCGUGAAUCUAUUGGAAAAGCUGUUUUUUCACUGCCAUCAAACUAUUGUAAGUGAAGUAACCUUUGCUUUAACACGUCUGAGGCCCGCUGUGUCUGAAAUCCUUCGUCUGUAUUUUGAUUUUGUCGGCAAAAUGGAUGUGAUCUGGACUAAAAUCAUCGCCCUGAAAAGUCAGCAGAUAGUUUGUGAAUAAGACUUUCCUGUCAGCCUGUGGGAUCCUGCACUUCUUCCUUACUGCCUUACAGACACUAUCCUCUGAAGUAGAGGAAGUCCUCCAUCUAUUUUUAUUCUUAUCUUCACUUUGACGCUGAUAAAAUCUUUGUUCAACAGGUACGUUGACUUUUUUAUUUACAUGCCCUAUGUUUUUAAGUGAGGUCAUUUAAUGAUCAUUUUCAUACCUGAAUGACUCAUAAUGUAAUAAUCUCCUACUUUAAAAUGUUUAAUUUAAUGAUCACAGCCUCAGGUGAAGUCUUAGAUAAGUGCUUUUUUUUUUAUUAGGUUAACCUCUACCAAAGUUGAUCAAGUUUUAAAGAUGGAUCAAUUUAGUUUUUUGUUUGACAAUAUCAAAAUAAUCUGUGACUGGUGUGAUCGUUGAUUUUGUGAUUAAUCCCAUUAUAGGGAAAGUUGCUUCAGCCUUGCUCUACCUGUUGUGACAGUAAUUAUUAAUCAUUUUUGGUCUUUGGUCAAACAAAAAGCUAUCAGUUUACAUCACUUUUAGCUUUAAGUGCCAAUGAGAUUUUGUUUUUUGUACAUUUUUAUGACCAAAUGAUUCAUCCAAAAUAAGGAAAGAAUGUGCAGGUUUUAUUAUCUGGGUCCGGGUCGCAGGGACAGCAGGUUCAAGAGGGAAGCCCAAACGGCCCUCACCCCGGCCACUUCCAUCAGCUCCUCCGGGGGGAUUCCUAGGCGCUCCCAGGCCAGGCGAGAGAUAUAAUCCCUCCACCUGGUCCUGGGCCGGCCACAAGGUCUCCUCCCGGUGGGACAUGUCUGGAACACCUCUAACAGGAGGCAUCCAGAACGCAUCCUAACCAUAGACUGUAUAUAGAAUGGACAGUGUCUCUGAACACAGUGUUCUCUGAAGCUCCAUUUUUAAAAGUUAUUAGGGGGUUCAUGUUUUCUAUGAUUGACACCUGAUACAGCCUAUGGGUGUUCAAGGAUUGUGUAGCUCUCCCGAAGGAUAUGCUGUUAGAGCCGAGCGUCAUCACAGCGACUCUCGCCAAAUGCAUGCCCGAAUGCGCGCAUUGCUACCGCGCAGCGCUGGUUUCAGGAAAUGAAGAAAAAUCCCACAAAUACCAAGAGCUUUUUGGCUUCAAAUCCGUAUACAGGCGGUAGGCGGAACCAACUUGUCCAUAGUAUAUACAGUCCAUGAUCCUAACCAGAUACCCGAGCCACCUCAGCUGACUCCUCUCAACAUGGAGGAGCAACGGUUCUUCGCUGAGCGCCUCCCGAGAGUCCGAACUCCUUACCCGAUCUCUAAGGCUGAGUCCAGCCACCCUGCGAAGGAAAUCCAUUUCGGCUGCUUGUAUCUGCGAUCUUGUUCUUUCGUUUAUUACCCAAAGUUCAUGGCCAUCGAUGAGGGUCGGCACGUAGAUCGGCUCAGCUUUCUUCACCACAACGGAUCGGUUGAGCGUCCGCAUCACAGUUGACGCUGCUCCAAUCCGCUAAAUAAUGUCUAGUCUAAAAUUACAAGAUAGAUUAAGACAUUUCUCUCAUUCUUUAAUCCAGAGAAGGUUUCAUCAUUUUUCAGCCACACUCAGUCUGCUCCUGACAUUGAAUCGUGCUAAGUGUCUCAUUGUGUUAACACUGGGAUAAUGUGUAUUCAUUAGCAGAGUGAUUCUCUUGUCUUCCUCCAAAGUGAAGGAUGAAUGGCCUCUCUCUCAGCGAGCUCUGCUGCCUCUUCUGCUGCCCGCCUUGCCCCAGCCGCAUCGCAGCCAAGCUUGCCUUCCUGCCCCCAGAGCCGACGUACACCUUUCUCCCAGAUCCAGAUGUGGGUCCCGCCGCACAAGGGGCAACUGGGACAUCCAGCUUGCGGGCACGGAGUGGUGCAUCAGUUUCUGGAGGCGGAGGUGCCGGAGCUGUGGAUGGAAGAUGGAAGCUCCACCUGACAGAGAGAGCAGAGUUUCAGUACACACAGAGAGAGCUAGAUACGACAGAGGUGUUCCUCACACGGUCCAGUCGAGGGAACAGAGUCGGCUGCAUGUAUAUUCGCUGUGUCCCCAACGCCAGGUAGGUGUUUCCAAAGUUGGACCUGCUCUCUAAGUUGAGAUUGUCACAGUGAUUUUUGUGUGUUCUUUGAUCUUCUUGUGCGUUGUUUGUUACGCUCCUUUAGAUUAGGUUUCAACUCAGGAGCACUGCCAGGGAUUUUAGACCCCAUGAAAAAGGGCGCAGUCAGCCCUGAUUCUUCACUUUCAUUUUUGUUCUCAUAAUUUUUGAGGGCCCCAUCCACCAUGGACCCCUAACACCAUCAUAACUGUUCUCACUCAUACUGCCCCCUUGCUUACACUCCAUUCUGCACUUGUACAUCCAGGGCUGUUUCCUGUCUCCGCCUUGACCUGGCAGAUUCUUCACCCUGCCUCAAGAAUUAUUACAAUCCCUUUGUCAUAACAUAACAGCAGUUAUGUCUUAACAUUAUUUGUUUGACCUGUAGGUUUGUAUAAACUUGAUUGUUUAGCUCUACUUCUCAAACAUCUCAUCAGAAUUGAGAAAAGGCCCUGCUCAGUCACACGUUAUCAGUUGUCAGAGUCAACACAUCCUUAAAUAUCUGUUUUUAAACUGGUCGAUUUGAGUCAUUACACGUGUUGACAGUGAUUGAUACAUCUCUCGAUAAGAAGUGAUUGCGUAUUAUGCCUCGGUAGAAAUUAAAUUUGAUGUCCUUGGAUGUAAAAGUAUUUAUCUUCAUUUUUACACCAGUGCUUUCGCCCUGCCACCGCUGCUAAUUAAUUCAGCAAAUCAAUUAAAAAGACAUGGACAGGCUUGUGUUACACUCCGUGCGUAACCUGUAUUUUUGCCUAUCUUGUAUUACAGAAGAAAAAAAAUCCAAGCUAGACCUGAUAUGAGUCAUUGUUGUGCCACGUUUUGUACAGAAAAGCCGAGAGCUAAGCCACGAGCUAAAUUGGUUCAUAAACAAAACAACCGAGAGAGGAUCUCAAAACAGGCAGUGUUUUUAAAAGAGUAUCAGAUUUCUGGAUGGAGCACAACAUGCAUUCAUGAAUAAAAGGUGAGAGCUGGAGUAUGCAGCGUUUAGAGUGGAUACCCUGCUUCUCAGGUUGUACAAAAUGUCUAGAAGUAAGAGUCAUUUGACCAGAGUCAAAAGUGGUAAACUGAUCCCUUCAACACACAGCACUUUUUGGAUAUAGAUCUGUUGUUACCAGAUCCAAAAACAUGUGUUAGUAAAAAAAAAUACAGCAUCUUUUUGGGUUAAGAUAUCAGGCUGAACACGUGGAUGAAGAAAUGCAUAAGAUGGAUUUUUGUUUUUCUUUUAAGUGUAAGUUCUUAGAUGUGAUUUCUCUCAGUCAUUCGGUACCAGUGUUUCACAGUCAUGAUUGUUGUAAGAAGCAAAAGCAUAGUGGAAAAAAAAUGGUGUCUGCUACCCAGUGUUGUUAUUGUUAACGAAAAUAUUUCAUCAAGGGCCCUUUUUUUUUCACCACGAAGACGUGACGUUAACAAGCUAAACAUAAGUCUUAGAUGACUAAAAUGUGACGAGACGAAUGUGCAUUUACGUUGACGAGACUAGACAAAAUGUUAGUGGUGGACGACAAACAGAGUUGCAAAAUUCAUGAGUGUUUCAUCAGUCAAACGCAAAGCUUAUAUUCUGCAGUGUUGUUUUCGUUGACGAUGACAUUGACAAAAUAUCCUGGUCAAUGUCAUCAGCCUUAAGCUACCUCAUACACAAAACUACUUGCGAUAGAGUUACUCUCAUAACAAUGAGACAAAUAGCAGCUUUUAUUCGAGUCUAACACCGCUUCAUCAGUUUUGUGCAUAUGUUUGUGUCUUUGUCCCAUCUGCUAAGCUCUCUUCCAUGUGUGUUUAUUUUCAGGUUUACAGUGCUCUUCUCCCACGGUAAUGCGGUGGACCUGGGCCAGAUGAGCAGUUUCUACAUUGGCCUUGGCACUCGCAUCAACUGCAACAUCUUUUCCUACGACUACUCAGGCUACGGUGUCAGCACUGGCAAGCCUACUGAGAAGAACCUCUACGCGGACAUAGAUGCCGCCUGGCAUGCUCUGCGUACACGGUAUGCUCGGAUAUAAUUGCCCCACAUGUGUCCUUCGAAGGAUGAUUUAUUAGUUGCUGUCUUGGUCUGCUGUGACAUGAGGCUUUCUCAUUAUGUUUAGAUUAAGGGUAAAUCAAACAGCAUACACGCUCUUGUGGAUGACUGCGAAUCCCUCUGCAUAUUUUACAAGUUUUUCCCUUAUUUUGCUGUACAGAAAAAAAGUGUUGAAAAAAAAUUGGCAGAAGAGGGAAGAGUUAAGACGAGGACAUGCAGAAGAGGGGAAUGAGGGUGGUAGCUGGGAUGUGGAGAUCAGAGUGGGGAGCAGACAGAUGCUGUGGGAAUAAAAAGAAAUAGAUGGAGGAACAGAGGAAGGGCUGGGGGGCAAGGUGCCUCUCAAGGACUUUGAGGUGUGAUAAAGUGUCUCAUUAGUGAAAGUGGAGCUGUCUUAGUGCAGCUGUAGCCCCGGGAAGACAAAUCAUUGCAGAGUGUUGACUUAGAGGUAGGUCGAGUUGAAUUUACAGUUUGGUGUGGCUGUCACUGUCCAUCAUAUCAUUCAUUUAGAUUUAUCAAUAACUAUUACCCAUAAGAAGAAAGAUAUGAUUAUUCUCCUGCAGUUAAAAUAAACUGAAACUGAAUCUGAUCUGAACAGCUGAAGCUCAUAUCUGUUAAUGUUAUACAAGCACAUUCUCUACUACCAUGUACUUCAGAAGUUAACUGUCUUUUUUUCUUUUAACCAGUUACGGGAUCAGCCCAGAGAAUAUCAUCCUGUAUGGACAAAGCAUCGGUACAGUUCCCACUGUGGACCUUGCGUCCCGAUAUGAGUGUGCUGCCGUGGUUCUGCACUCGCCUCUAACAUCCGGCAUGAGAGUGGCCUUUCCCGACACAAAGAAAACGUAUUGCUUCGACGCUUUCCCCAAGUAAGUUUCUAACCCAGAGUUGAUGUCUUCUUUGGUUCUCUUUGUGACAUGUCAACUUCAUCUCUUUCUAUAUCUGAUAAAACUCUUCAAUACGGUGUUCAUAUGAAAAGAAUAUUCAUACAACAAAAAGCACACAGGCUUUUUUGUUGCUCGUUGGCACUUCCACGUAAUAACUGAUCUGCCAACAGGAAAGUGUUAAUUGCUGCUUUUAGCUGAAAGUGUUUCUUGACCAAAAAAAGACGUGCAUUCAGAGAAGAGCUCUUCUUUUCCACUUUUAGUGCUGUGAUUACAGAUCUCUGAUGUCUUUGUUUUCUUGGUUGGUGGGUGGAUACCACUUGUGUCUUAUUUUUAUAGAAGAGUCAUCCAGAAUAGUGCAUUAUUUCUAAGAAGAACGAACACAUUGAACAUCCAUGUUUUUUGGGUUUUUUUUGUAUCAAUAUCGUCAUACAGCAGCUGUUUGUACCCUGUGACUUUUCUAUCGUAAAGUUCCAACUCAGGUUUGUUUUGUCACAUUUGAUAUUUGUCAUGAAAAAUAUAAAAUCCCUCGCCAUACCAUAUGAUAUCUACCUCACCCUCCUUUUAUUCUGUCAAAUCUCUAAGAGACGUAUCUGAAAAAUCUAUGUGUAUAUAUUUCUGUAUACAUCUAUAUAAUGGAACAAAACAGAAUAGUAUAGAAUAGAAUGAGGAGUUUAUUCCUAUUUGCACACACACACACACAGGUACAGGACAGUACGUGUUCAUUAAAAUUGCUGGUUUCAUAGAAUAUUUUUCACUGUGGAAAUCAGCAAACAUUGUAAAGUCUUGCAUCCUCCCAACCUCGUUGUUAGUGGGCCAUAUUUCUAUACACUGUUAUUGCUUAGUCAGGCUUUGCCUCUUCAUAUAGACACAAAGGUGUUUUUGUGAGGCGUAGAAACAGAAGUGUUGAGAUCCUGGCAUAUUGUUUUCCCCCCUGUACCUGUGAGCUUCUUUUAAUGCUUUAUAUCCAGUUGUAGCCUCCUUCUUUAAAGAGGCUUGGUGCCCCACAUGUUUGUAUGUUUGUUAUUGUAAUUUACGCAGUUUAUUGUAAUUUUGACACCUUGGCCAAGGGGCAACUCCCACACUACACAGAGUAAUGCUGUCAUUAGCCAGGCUCUGUCCCUUCUGUUCUUGUGAUGUUGGUUUCAAUUUCCGCGGCUGAAUUUAAACAGAGUCAGUAGCAGCCAAUGCUAGCUUUAACGCAGAGUCUGGUCCCAGAUGGUACAAGUGGGUGCGGAGCAGAGGCGGUGAGGAAACCAGGGAAAGCCUCUCUGUGUGUGUGGUGGGCUGAGAAAGCCUCCAGUGUUUGCCUGUUGUUCACAUUCAGAGUGGGCAGCUGGCAUCCCUGCUUGUCUAUUUGUGUCUUUAUCAUUCUCUACUGUUUUAUAUGGACAACAUGUCAUGGGUUGUGUGAAUAUAAUUGUAGGAAUUUGCAGUUGUUAUCAUUUUUUUGUGGCUUUUUUUAGUCUGCAAAUAAAAAUAUUGAGUAAAUGGGGUUUUCUCUCUUGGAUUUUAAAUAUAUACAUCAUUGGUUCUCAAGUCCAGUCCUCGAGGCCCACUGUCCUGCAUGUUUUGGAUGUUUCCCUGCUCCAACACACCUGAUUCAAAUCAUCAGCUUGUUAUUAAGCCAUUACAGAGUUUGAUAACGAGCUGAUGAUUUGAAUCAGGUGUGUUGGAGCAGGGAAACCAAAACAUGCAGGACAGUGGGACUUGAGAACCACUGAUAUACAUGAAUCCCAUGGUUUGGAGUUCUGUUUUUGGUUUCAAGAAAUGUCAGUACUUAAAUGAUUGAUAGUUUUAACAUUUAAUGUAUUGUCUUUGCACCAAUUUUUCAAUUAAAUGAAGGCUUGAAUGGUGAAUUCUGUUUUCCACAACAUCCCAACUUUUUAAGAUAUAGAAGUUAUUUUAGCUCAGAUAACCCUCUAUUUUAGUUUUAGAUCAGGAGUAUCUUUAAAAAGGACUUUUAUUUUGUAAAAAAGAGGUUAAAUUGAAGCGUCUUUGGCAAAUUGGUACAACUAAUUCUGGUGAAGUUAUGGAGGUCCCUGCAUGGCCAAGAUGGGGAGAUUAAUAACAACAAAAAUACAAGAAGAAGCAGCAGUUAAAUUAUAAAUUCAAAACACCAUUAUCAAAAUUGGCUUGUCUUACAUGUCUGACUCUUUCUAAGACCAUCUCACUGACCCACCAUGAUAUCAAAAUUUUAACAGUUUGAGCCUCAGAAACAGUGUGUUACGAGUCCAGCUCUUCUCCAGUUUCAAUGUCAUCUGUAUAGUUUUUUUUUCUUCAUGUCUGACCUCAUCCCGCCUUUUUUCUUUUUCAGUAUCGAGAAAGUGUCCAAAAUCACGUCCCCGGUGCUCAUAAUUCACGGUACAGAGGACGAGGUGAUCGACUUCUCCCACGGACUUGCUUUAUUCGAGCGCUGCCCAAAAGCUGUGGAGCCUCUGUGGGUGGAGGGAGCGGGACACAACGACAUUGAAUUGUACAGUCAGUAUCUGGAGCGUCUGCGCCGCUUUAUAGGACAGGAGUUGGCAGCACAGCACGCCUGAACACUACAACCAGGAUUAUCACCAACAGAUAUAUCAUUUGCAUCUUUCUCCGCCCUUCUGAAGCUUUGUCAAGACGAACGGGUGUCCUAGAGGCGUUCUUGUGCUCGACUCAGCUCACAGUUCUCCAUUUUAUGAGGCGUUUAAGCCCACAGUGGACCAUGUAUUGAAGCAAAAUGGAGAAGUGUGUUUCUAUACAUCCAAAGCCUGUGACCGAAGAAAAACUUCAUGUAGGUCCUUGUUUUUCUUAGCAGUCACUUUAACAAAACAGCUGCCAUGUGUCACAGUACAGUGUGGCAACAGAUAAAUCCUUUUUCCUGUGCAAUAAUAUGGACCGCAGAGACGAGACCUCACAUGAUAAGAGCUUUAAAGAGCGACAAGCUGAUAUGUAAUCAUGUUGGUCGAUUGUGUCGUGGUCCACAUGGAAGACGUCGUCGUGUUUCCAGCCUAAUCAUAGAGUUUGUGAACGUAAAUAUCUGAUUUUAACCCGAGUUAACUGUUUGUAGAUGUUGAAGUAUUGGAAGCACUUUAAAAAGACUCUCCUAAAUGCUUCUGACGUGUGUUGGAGUUUUUCUGUUUCGAACCCAAAAGAACAGAUAAGUUUGUCACUAAGCGCUCGAUAUGAUUUCAUGAGCCGCACCUGAAAAACGAAUGCGAUCCAUUUAAAGUCCUUCAUUAGCUGCUGUUGCUUUAAAUGUAUUCUAAUGAAUUAGUUAUUAGCUUUUUUUUGCAUUGGACUGCAUUAUAUCAGAGGGUGUUUCUUAAAUCCUAUCCCUUAAUUAUUCGCAAAUAUAUAUUGAGGUCAAUUUUAAUUUUGUGUUUAAUUCUCUUGGCUGUGCUUCACAUUUUGCUCAGGUAGCCCUCUAUUCUUCAUUAGGGUCUGUGUUCCACAUUUAUUUGGUCUCAUUGUUUUUAAUCUAGUUGGCUUAAUCUCAUUUGAUCCUUUGAGCAAAGAGUAAAUAAGUUCAUGCAGUGUGAUUGUGUUGAAAUCAAAGUGACAAACUAAACUAUGAGCCUAAACAGAGGUACAGACCAAACUGGAUUUUGCUGAGGCUGCUUCAUGUUUUCUUUUUUUUUUUUUUUCUAUUUCUCCAUUUUGACUUUCCAUUUCAAACCCUCCAGUUUCCACUUCACCUCAUCUCUCGCGCAGAUAUAAAGCAGGCCUGGCUGUGUUAAAAGCAGGACAGGUCAAUAAGCACCAGAAAGAAGAAAGGACAAAAAAACUCCUGCUUUUUCCUGUGUUUCAGUUCUGUCCACUUUAUUUUAGUCUUGUUCAUGUUUAUGUCUCACACCAGCAGGUCACAGCUGUGAGCAAAGUUCCUGUUUCCCCUCCUCGGUGUCUGGAACAGAAAAGCGACACUAUAAUUAAACCCGCCUUUUUUUUCCUUUUUCUUUCAUUCAGCCUGUUUUAAGUCCUUCAAUACACCCUGAUUGUCGUUGUUUGCUCUCCAUCUUGAGGGGCAAUUUUCUCAACUCGAGUAGUGAAUGAAAACUCCUCAUCGGCGCUACGUAUGUUAUGAUUGUCACCGAGAAAACUCACAGAUGUUUUAAUGUAUUUGAUUGUCAAACAGCACAGUCUGGUGAUGUAGAAAUCAUUCCCGUCUUUACUCUAAUAGGCACAGGAGCAGACUUUUAUCACUCUUAGACAGUUCCUUUUUUUUCUUUUUAACAAAGAAAAGUAAGAGGCUUCCUUUUGGGACUGACAUUUAAGUCUUAUAACUCUAAACAACAUGAUGACAGUGCUCUGGUACCACUACUUUAUGCUGCAAAUAAAAAAAUAGGCUUUUAAAAUCUCUCCUCACUGCCAGUAACAUUUCUCGAUCUGUGUAAACACAUCCCACACAGUCAUGGAGGAUUUUGGGCACAACGUUUUUUGAUAACACUCGAUUUACUUCAGAGUUCAGUAAGUGUAGUGCAGUACCUCUUAAACAGCCACUAGCAUGAAUUUUUAAACUCCUUAAACCUGUCUCUUAUUGCACUUUUUUGUGCUCAGUGGAUAGAGAAGAGUCAUACAUGUAAGCAGUAAAUUGUUCUUAGUCACAACGUUGUAAACAGUGCUAAACGGUUACACCAGCUGGCUAUCCUGUUGAAGGUUUUUAGGGUUGACUCGCAAGAUAAACCAUAAUCCCUUCUUUAUUCCAGUUUAUUUAGAUCUGUGUCCCACGGUGAGAAAAUCCUUUAUUUCACUCACCAGUGGUCCAUCUUUACUUUCAGGGAUGGCGAGUAAACUGCAGUACAUGUUCGAACGGUGUAGAGCUGAAUUUAAACCCACAACCAAAAGGGAUGAAAAGAUGGCGACAAACACUCCAACUCAAGUGUGUUAUCUGAGCUGUUUCAGAUUGAACUCUAGAUGUUAGGAAAUCUGAGAUUAAGGUCGUCUUUUUUGUUGUUGCUGAAGGGAAGUCAGGUUUGCUUGUGUAUUUAUCAACCAAAGUGUAACUUCUUUUUGUCUUUUCAGAGCUUCACCCAGUGUACCUUCUGUUUCUCUUGGUAUCUCCAGAACCAAAGCUUAAAGAAAUCUGAAUUAAGUCGGUCGACUUUAUAUUCAUAUCUGUGGUUUGUCUGAUCUUUUUCAUUGUACAGUACAUUUUCAUAAAGCUGAAUUGUACUUCUGUCAGAUUUCUUUACAACUAUGUUUUAUCAAGUCAUGUUUGGUUUGAAAUUUGCAUCAGCAGAGUUUGAAAAGCAUAGAAAACAAAGUUGUGUGUUUUUAUUUGUUGUUGUUGUUAUAAGCUGUUAAAACUGAUCAUUUUUGGAGGAGUACAACCAAGCAAUACAGCAGAGAGUCACUGUUUGAGUGCGGGAUGAUGAAACAACAACGACAGAGGAGCUUCAAGCACACAAAUGUAAAGCUUUUUAUGUUUUGUCCUUCAUUUAAAUGUUUGAAGUUCUGCUGUGAUACAUCUGUGGGUUUUGUUUCGUCCUUUAUUAUUCAUUGUAAUCCACUUUUUACUAUACUAAUUUCUAGUUUUUAAAGAUUUUUGUCUUUUUUUCAAGAUUUAAAGAGAAUAGGAGGUUAAUAAAACAUAAUCAGAAAA